GGAGAAGUAAAGUUAGCUCAGGACACGCAAGACACGAGGAGAGUCCUUGGCAGGGUCACAGUGUGAUUAAAUGGCAUCAGAAAUCACCUACGCUGAGGUGAAGUUCAAAAAUGCAUCACCGGCUCCAGCGGUCAAAGUACCUCCUGAGACAAAGGAGCCUGAGCAUCAUCCCCAGAAAUACCCACUCUGGCUGCCAUGGUUGAUCUCACUGCUGCUCCUCUUGGUGUGCAUUGCCCUUGUUGUCGUCCUCCUUGUGUAUCCUUUCUGCCACAGCAGUGACCAGCCCAGCGCCCUGCAGCAGCAGUUCUCGGAGUGGAAGUGCGACUCAGAGGUGCCACAAGGCACAGACCGAGGCUGGACGUGCUGCCCGACAGGCUGGAGCAGGUUUCAAAGAAGCUGCUAUUUCCUGUCCCCUGAUAAAAUGAACUGUGCUGACAGUGAGCAGAACUGCACUGGGAUGGGCUCCCAGCUGGUGGUGAUCAACAGCAAGGAAGAGCAGGUUUUCCUCUCUGAGGAAAUAAAACAAACUCCUAAAAUAGAGAAUUUCUACAUCGGUCUGUUUGAAGAGAAGGUGGGCCAGUGGCAGUGGGUGGACAAGACUCCAUAUAGUGUGACAGCAGCGUUCUGGCGAAAAGGAGAACCAAGUGCAGGCAGUGAUGAGAACUGCACUGUAAUGCAUGGGUUUGAAAAAGAUCUCAACAACUGGAAUGACGUCAGAUCAGAUUACAAGCAUCAUCGAAUUUGUGAAGCUGCAGCAGUAACUGUGUGAUGGAAAUACCUCUGUCCUGAGUAAAGCUGGGAGCUGAGCAGUGAGCUGGGAACAGCACUGGCUGUGCUGGGAGGGCUGGAGAGCUCUGACACAUCUUCACUGUGCGGGGUGGGACCAUGUGUGUGGAAGUGAAAUGAGCUUUGCCCAGCAUCCCCAGUGCAUGUGGUGGCUCAGGCAACACAGGAAGGCUCAGGCUCAUUGAAGCAGCUCCUGUGUUCCUGUGUCCUCUUCUCUCUGAGUGGAUCCAGGAGCCUCUGGCUGAAAAAGAGAUGGACUUCUCCAGGAGGAAGACACAGGAAUGGAAGACACAUACCCAGAGAUUCAAUGUCCUUUGUCUCCUUGAGCAGAGCUCUUUGCUUUUUGUUGAGUCACACACAAAAUGUCCCCUAGCUGUACUGGUUUUGCUGAACAAGUUCUGAAAACUUAGACAGGAGAAAAAUACAACAUCGCACCGAUGGUGAAAGGCUCUGUGCCAUGUCUCUGUAUCUCUUUUUCCCCCAUAUCUAAGCUGGAGAGGUAUAGUCCUAGAAUCAUGGAGUGGUUUGGUUUGUAUGGGACCUUUAAGGAUCAUCUGUUUUCAACCUCUAGUUCUUGAGCAGGGACCCCUUCCACUAGACCAGGUUGCACAAGGCCCCAUCCAGCCUGGCCUUGAACACUUCCAGGCAUGGGCUACGCACAGUUUCUCUGGGCAACCUGUGCCAGUGUCUCACAAACAGAGAGAAUUUAUUCCUAAUGCCUGCUCUAAACCUGCCCUCCUUCAGUUUAAAGCCAUUCCCUGUUGCCUUAUCACUACAUGCCCUCAUAAAAAGUCCCUCUCCAGCCUUCUUGGAAUCUUCUGGGACGGUUGCUGUAAGACCAACAUGGAAUCCCCUCUCUCCCAUGCUGAACAAUCCCAAUUCUUUCCGAUUGUGCUCCAGCUCUCUGUCUCUAUCCUCACUGCCUUGAUCUUUGUAGCCCUCCCUUUGGACUUGCUGCCAUUGGUGAAACAAUCCACACUGCACCUUCAGAGCCACCUGGAGGAAAAAGUCCUCCUCCUGACUCUGAGCUGAUCCCAGGCUCACCUGAGGCAGCAGCAGCACUCCUGGAAACCAAAUCCUGAGUGGUGCCUGCAAUGGCAUGCCUGCCCAGGCCACAUCAUGCUGCACAAGAGGCUGAAGACACAGGGCUCCUGCUGCACAUGACACCCCAUCCAGAACAUCCCUGCCUAUUGAAUUGCUGUCACGUCCUGCUGUAGACCACUGGACACCGUGGACCUUCCUUUCCUCCACCUCUUCCCACUUCCUGCCUCUUGUGUCCUCACUUCUCCUUCCUCAGGAAACACCAAGUGCCUCAGCUCCCGGGACAGAACACUGCCAGCUCUCCACAGGGAAUGCAGUUGGGUGUACAACUCCUGUCUGUGCACCUCUGUCCUGCCUGUGAAGGUGAAUCCUCUCCCUGUGUCCCAGAGGGACAGGGAAUUGAUCCUGGAGACAAGGUGCCCAGGAGAUCUGUUGUCCCAGUCCAGUGGGAGCAGCUGUGUGAGCAGCAGUGCGUGCUGGCUGCGAGUGCACGUGCACAGCUCGAGGCAGCGGAGAGACACAGCGCGUAGGGACACAGGUAUGUAUCUAGGGACAUAUGGACGAAAGAGGAUGUAUGCAUGCAAAAAGCCACACCAACCAGCACAGGCAGAAAGCACUGAUCCCAACUCAAACAGCUGCCUGCUCCUGUCCCCCUCCCUGGCUGCAGCAGGAUGAAAUCCUGCUAGCAGAACAAGUGUCUGUUUACACCUAGACAAUGUGGCACUGCAAGUGAGGGCCUCUCCAUCGACACCUCGAAGCCGUGCUCUGCAGUGCAGCUUCUCCCAACACCAGCCUGGGCUGCUGGCCUUGGCACUGGCUGGACAGGCCUGCCUUGUCUGGGAUCUUUAGCACCAUUCCCUUGGUUUCUGGCUUUUGCCAUGCAGGACUCCCCUUUAGGCCUCCCCUCUGCAGUAACUCUGAGCGCACAAGCAGGACAAAGAGCAGAUUUCCCGUCUCCCCCUCCUCCAGACAAGAGCCAUCCCAGCACAGGAAGGUGAGGCCAGCAGCGGUGAAGCCAGCUGGAGCUGCACAGUCCCUGAAGGACAGAGAUGACCAGCAGGUUCUUCUGCUGGGUGGCCACUCCUGGGGUCAGCCUGUGCUGAGCAGCAGCCCUUGCCGGCUCUGGACACAGCUCCCUUGCCUUGGCUGUAGAAGGAAGGAGGGAUUCCAUGUAGGAUUGUUACCCCUA